CCCAUAUCUUUUACUUUUGGAACAACAACGACAAAGAAACACUUCUCCAAAUCUGUGACUUGCCUUCAUCUCCAACAACAAAGAACAACAACGAACUCCGAACUUGUCUUCAUCUUUUUAAACAAGAGAGAAAACACGAUGGUCUAAGGUGAUGUAAAAAUCAAAUAAUCCUUUAAUUUUGUCUGGAAUCAGUUCGCUUUCUCCAAAUCCCCCUUCAAUUUUGUCCGUAAUUGGCUCCUUUUUUUAUUUUUAUAGUGGGUAUUUUAUUCAUCUCUCCCUUUCUCUGUUCGUCAAAACCUAGGAAGAUGCUUCAGUUCUUGUGCCCGGGGAUAUAAUCAGUAUAAAAUUUGGUGAUAUCAUUCCUGCUGAUGUUCGCUUGCUUGACGGAGAUUGAGGUUUUUAAGGAGCAAGCGUCUGGAAAAUCUUGCCUCGUGAGUUCAUGCAGCAAUGCGAGCAUAUGAUAGAUAUGAUGAUUAUGAAGAUUUAGACGAGUAUGAGGAGGAUGGUGAUGAGCAAGAAGAGAAAGAUGCUGGUGAAGAUGAAUAUGAAGAGGAAGAAGAUCCUAAGCCCGCCAAGGAGGUGUUGAAUUAUCUUGAACUGAGGCAACAAUUAAAAGAAGAGAAAAGAAAGAAGUUGAAGAAGGAAUUGGGAACUGCUAAUGGCAGUUCUCGUGAGAAAAAAAAUGUGAUCUCAAAGGAUAUGUUUGGGAUGAACUUGUGGAUUGCUUUUGGCUCAUACUGAAGAACUCCUCUAUUUUGAUAUCAUUCAUCUCUAGUAUUUUGUUGACCAUGGAAUUGAAGUCCAUCUUUUGGUUUUACCAUAUGUUAGGCAUAUGGCAGUUAUCUAGGGAGAAAUAGCAAUAUUUAUAUUGGUUUCAAAUCGUGGAAUGGGAUGAUAUGUAAAUAUUUGACAUGGUUAACUUUUGUGGUUUGACAUAUUAUGAUUGCCUACUAAUGAUAA